GAGUCAUAGUAUAUCUUUAUUUAUUCAUCUACUCCGAUUUUUAUAAUAGUAGUGUGGCUCACGAGUCACAUAUGGUCCCCUCUGACUCUGAGCUUUGAUCCAAUCUAUAAAUAAACUAUCAUACUAUUCACUCUCACUACCUCAAAAUCAUUUGCCUUUAUCCUUUCAUUUUCUAGAGAAAGAAACAACUGGACAGAAAGAGAGUUCAAGAAACCAUGGGAGUAGCUCAAGUUAACCAAAUAUGGUUCCAUUUCAUGAUCAUCCUCUUCUUCAUCUCCAUAUCUUUUAUUUCGGCAUCUGAAGAUGAUUGUGUGUACACAGCUUACGUUCGAACUGGAUCAAUCAUAAAGGCUGGAACUGACUCAAACAUUAGUUUGACUGUCUACGAUGCCGAUGGCUAUGGGAUAAGAAUCAAGAACUUAGAGGCAUGGGGUGGGCUUAUGGGCCCAGGUUACAACUAUUUCGAAAGAGGAAACUUGGAUAUAUUCAGUGGACGUGGUCCAUGUUUGACUGGGCCGAUCUGCAAAAUGAAUCUGACUUCUGAUGGAUCGGGCGCACAUGCCGGAUGGUACUGUAACUACGUCGAAGUUACCGUUACUGGAGCCCACAAACAAUGCAACCAGCAGCUUUUCACUGUGGAGCAGUGGCUCGGCACUAACGUUUCGCCAUAUGAGCUGACGGCCGUCAGGAACAACUGUAAGAAGUCCAAGUCCAUAAUUUAUGAUUCUGAAUCUUAUCCAGUUGUUGAUGUAAUUUAAUGGGGCAGCCCAACAAUUUGUCUCUGUAGUUUUUUCUUUAGAGUGAGAAGAAUUAGCGUGAUGCUUGUAUGAUUUAUGAACAAGGCUAGGGCCUGAUGUGUGCUGUCGUCAGCAUUUUUGAGAAUAAUAAAUACUGUCCUCUCUCUUUAAUUCUA